AUGUUCAGAAUUGCCAAAAACCUGGUCAAGACGUUCGAACAGAGCGUUUCCGACACUAUCGGUGCCGGCGGCCGUCUGGACCCGUACUUCGCAAGCGUGCCCAGUAACUUGCUGGUCCCCGGAAAUGACUCGAACGAAACGCUCAACGGUCUCAGAGUUCUGAGCUGCGAAGUGGCACAGCUGCAACUGCAGUCUUUCUUUGACUACAUCGUGGGCAUCGACGACCAACCGCUCCCACUCAUCCAAAACCAACACGGCUACCUGUAUCCGGAUUUUGGAGCAAUCACACGGACGCUUAACGCGGCCUGCGGGUCUAGUGUGGGUCUCAACGUGUGGUGUGGUCGUGGUGGAGUGUUCAGGACUGAAUACGUGCGUGUAGAACGCAAGCAGAGAGUCGAGGACGUGCCACUAGACUCCUCCGGGGACCAAGAAUACCAGGCUUUCGAUCGCCUGGGCUUCUCGGCUCAGUGGACUCCACUUAUUGCCGCCACAUACACCUACCAUGUCUUGCAAAUACACGACCAGGCCAGCCCUGGCAGUCGUGCUGGACUGAUACCGCGCGAGGACUACGUUAUAGGGUGUCAAGAAGGGCUGCUGGCGACCGGAGGCGAAACCUUGCUGCAGGACAUCUUGAGAUCGAGAGCCAACCACGACCUGGAGCUGUAUGUCUACAAUCUCGUAAGCGACAGCGUGCGGCCCGUGACAGUGCACAUUGGUGGCGACGGCAGAUUGGGUUGCAACAUGGGGUACGGCUAUCUCCACCGGAUUCCAGCACCUGCCGGCCAGAAUAACGGUUACACUCCUCAGCAGCCUGUUGACAUCAAUGCACAGCCAACCUUAGAAGCAAAUUAUGAGCCCGCUCCCUCUGGAGAAUCAUUCAUACCAGCAGGGUCUGUGGGAAUAAUUCCUGCUGUCUCCAACGCUGUGCCUGCCACUACCUCGGAAUUUAUCGUUCCACCACCCGUGCACAAACGCAAGAGCAAGCAAACCAACGCUGCCGCAGCCGCGGCCUCCAUCAAAGAUUAUUUUCAAGAGGGAAAAGAUCCAAGUCCAGCUCCAAGUGCCAAACACUCCCCAGGCUCUUCUCUCCCACCACCGCCGCCAGUUUCUGUGCAAAAAGACGCUACCGCUGGGGAUAAAGCUAACUAG